GCAACUGGUCAUCUCCCAUUUCAACCAUGGUACAGAAACGAGAACGCUGCGGACAAAGAACAGGGAAUACCAUCAGAAAACACUUCAUGUCACUACUCACGCAGGACGGAUACAUAGACUACAAAGUCAUAAAUACUCCGCGUCAUUUCGAAGCAGAAAAACUGAAGAAGUUCUUUAACAGGAAAGAUGCCAUUCUUCUUGAUGGUUGUGAAACUUUUUUCCCCCUCCCAGAAGGUAUAGACUCGGAAUUCCAUGAUAUAAAUAUAAAUUUCAUGCACCGAAAGGGUGAGCAUGUGACGUACUCGUUAGACAAGCAGAAAAGAUGGACCCUUUCUUCAUGGGUGAAAGAUAAUAUAGAGUCCUUGUCAGAGGAGGACUUUAGAGUUGUGGUAUCCGAGCGAAAAACUUUCACAGAAAGUGGCUAUGGUUCGGCAUCAAAGUUCAGGACAUGGAACGAUUGCGUCAGAUAUAUAGAUAGUAAAACUCCACUACAGGUAUCCACCCCUAACAAAGCAGCGUCGUUCUUUUGUGACCUCAGAAGAAAAUGCCUCGGUGGGGGACGCGUUGAGCAAAAAACUCAAUCACGACAGAGGAAAAGACAUAACUUGCAUUCCAGGGGAAUACAGAGGAAAUGUGAACUCCAGCAAAAGACAGAAAAAGUCAACAAUGAGCAAGAAUAUAAUAGAUAUCAAUUACUAGAUGGGAGCGACAGUAAGGAUAUGGCAGAAUUUCGAUAUGAAAUCUGUCAUCCACAAGGAAUGAAGUCCAGAUAUAAUUCUACUAAAGCUGAACUUUAUGAAAGAGCUACAGACAAGUUACCAUAUUGUUACGGGAAUUGGAAAAAAUCAUUACCUAAGGUUAAAGGAAUGGUAAAUGGAUGUCGUUCUGUUUGGAAGAAACUGCAACUGAAGGAAAGACUUGAAGAAAAUGAUGAUUUUAUAGGAUAUAGCAGUACUAGUCAGAAAGGAUUCACGAUGGAAUGCAGGACCUGUUUGGAAGAAACCAACUAUUCUGAUGAAGUUGUCUAUACAUUCAGUGCUUAUGAUGAGGAUGCUUGUUGUGUGCCAAAGAAAAACACUAUAGAGGUAGAUAUUUCUGAUUGUUUGAAGAAAGAAUGGCGAAAACAGAAAGCUGGAUGCCAACAGAAGAGAAGGAGAAAAAGAUUUUCAGAUGAGGAGUGGGAUGGGAAGGACCAUAUUGUGUACAUGAACGAGGAUAAAACAGAAGGAAGAGAGGAAAGCAGCUCAGUUUCCGAGGCUUCAAAAGAUUCUCCUGACAUUUUACCAGAAAUCUUUUUACCUCCUAAUGUGGAGUGCUUCUUCAAGAGGGCAGAAAUGGAGGACUUUUUGAGAAAAAUUCCAAGUUUUUACUCAACCAGUUCACAUCCCACUAUUUUUGUCAUUCCACUGGAGACAUGUUUGAUGGAAGACGAAAAUAAAAAUGUCAGUUUUGAUGGAGAGGACCCAGCACUUGUUUUGCAAGAAAAAAUAAGUUCUGCUGUUUCUGCCUCAGAGGAAGGGAUCGCUGAGUGCAGGUUAAGAAUUGUUGGAAGUGAAGAAAUAUAUUCCAUAGAGAAGAUAAAUAGAGAUCUUGUUGACUUCGUGACUUCAAAAGAGGAGUUACUUAUUCUUUCACUCGGAGAAAUAUUCCAGUAUGCCAAGGGCAGCAUUCAGCCAAAGGACUCUCAGAUGUCACUUCAAAAUUUGGGUCAGCCUGAAGCCUGUGCACUGGAUUCUGUGUUUGACUGGUUGCCCAGGGUGACGUACAGUGUGAGCACCAUUAAACAAGCCUUGUUACAGAACUGUCAUCUACAUGCAGAGGUAAAAAAGACUUGGCCACCACCCCCUGUCUCUCUCACUGGAAUUGCUAACAAUGACUUAGAGUGUGGUGUGUGUUUUGUGUCACUUAGUGAUACAGAUGUGGACUCAGGUGGAUCAGACCUCACAGAAGGUGUUCUCAUUCAACCGUGUCAACACUACUUCUGCAGAACCUGUCUUGUCCAGUAUGUCUUGGAGAAAAUCAGAACUGGCGCUCGGAGUCUUUCGUGUCUGGAGUACAAAUGUGAGUCAACGAUGGAUCCUUUGUUGAUUAUGUCUGUGGUGCCUUCCCAUGUAUUUGGUCAGUGGUCAAGUCGAAAACAGGAGCAGGCAGUGAUGUCUACUGGACUGUGGAAGUGGUGUCCCAACAAAACAUGCAAUCUCAUUGUAUCACUUAGUGAGAAAGAUCAAAGAGUUAAGGAAAGGGGGAUAUUUGUAAAGGACCAUAUGAAGAUGAGGGGUGUGACAUGUUUGUGCCAUACAGAGUUCUGCAUGGAAUGUGAGGAACCACCUCAUUGGCCAGCAUCAUGCAAGCAGAUUGGGGAAUAUGUCAAAGCUCUUAAUAUUCAGAAAGAUCUGCUAAAUGAGGAUGACUAUGUAAGGACCUUCAGAGUAAAUGUGAAGCCAUGUCCUCGCUGUAGAGAGAAAGUGGACAAAAACGGGGGAUGUAAUGCAAUGACCUGUAGAUGUGGCCAUCACUUCUGCUGGCUUUGUCUUAGAGACAACCCCUAUGGUGUUCACAAUUGUAAAGAAGUACCUUUACAGGAAGUAGAACUAGUCAACAGUAAAGUUGUGAAGUUUCAAACAAAGUAUCUUACAAAGGCAUUUUUAUAUCGAGUCCAGUCAAGUAAAUUAAUACGUUGGAGGAAUACUUUACUUCGAAAGGCCAAAAAGGACAAAUUAGCUCCCAGGAGCAAAUGCAGCCAUAUUAGAUGUGACCAACUGCAGAACCAGAUGUGCCUACGAUCUUUACAGCUACAGUACCUGAAUAUUCUUGUUGAGACUGUGAAAUUAUCGGAGAACAUACUUGUAUCAAUGGGUAGCUUAUCAAGGAAGUCUGGAAUUGGGAAGCAGUUACUGUCCUUGGUUGAUAUGGUAGACUUUAUCAUCUCAAGAAUGUCUGAGUUAUUACGUAAUCCUAUUGAUGUCAAGGCGUAUAGCAGAAUUGAAAAGCUCAACAGUAUUCUUUCUAAAAAUAUCAAGCAAAUGGUUCUUUUGUCUUCGUAUGUGCAACAGAAACGGACACUUGAUAUGAGGAUAAAUAUCAGAUAUUCAGUUGGAUAUGAUUAAGCUGUGAAUUUAUGUUAUUUUGAUCUCAUUUUUUUCAUGUGGAUCAUGCAUUUUAUAUUUCUGUUAGUAUUUCAUGAGA